AUGUCGCAUGAGUCGACGGUCGGUGCGGGGAGCCUCAGCUCUGCACCCCUCGUUGUCGCAUUGCGUAACCGCUACAAGAUGAGGCCGCUGCGCUGCUUACCUCCUCAGCAAGCGAGAUCCCACCUCCAGACAGGGGUCAAUGUCGCUGGCAUUCCCACUCCCAGCCAGUUUAACCCUUUCUGCCGCUCGGCAUCCUCACCUUCCAUGCCAGGUCGUUCCUUGGUCACAAAUUACCAUCGCCGAGCCGUCACCAAUGGGAAUCUGUGGACUCUCACGGGCGUGCUGUCCUGCCUGAGCAGCCAGCAUCCUGUUGUGAGAUGGGAGGCCUUCUGCCAGCGGGCUCCCAUCUUCCUCGACUACCUGCACAGCAUCCUGCAGAAGUACCCUGACGGGGGGCAGAUCCUCAAGGAGCUGGUGCAGAACGCGGACGACGCCGGCGCUAACGAGGUCGUGUUCGUCUCUGACGAGCGGGAGUUCGACGUCACCGGAGGGGGGCUGGAGGGCACCCAAGGCCCAGCCCUCCUGGCCUACAAUGACGCCUUGAUGUCCCCCCGGGACUGGGCAGGGCUCCUGCGCCCCGGGGUGUCCCACAAGCGGGGGGACCCCAGCACGGUGGGGCGCUUCGGCCUGGGCUUCACCUCCGUCUACCACCUCACCGGUGCCGGUGCCCGCUGGGACAUCUCUGCAGCCCGGGACCUUCCUGGCCUUUUUGAGCCCUUCUGGGCUGGGCUGGAAGCUGUGGGACAGCACCGUGACUCUGCCCAGGGCACCCUCUUCCGCUUCCCCCUCCGCCAGCAACCCUCGGGAAUCGCUGCAGGGGUCUCCGAUCCUGACCGCCUCCGUAGUCUCCUCCAGACCUUCCUCACCGAGGCCCCUCUUGCCCUCCUCUUCCUCCGGCACGUCCACCGCGUGGCCCUGUACCGCGUGGCCCCUGAUGGGGUCCAGACCCUCAUGGGGACCCUCUCGGCAUCCUCUCGGCCUCUCCCUAUCCCAGCGCCAUCAGGGGACGAGGGGCUGAGCCUGGCAUGGUGCCUGGUGGCCCUGCACAGGGAUGGGGUGGGGGACGGCAGCGAGUGGCUGGUGGCCACGGGCAGGGCCACGGAGGGCCCGGCCGUGGAGCUGGGCGCAGGGCUGGGGGAGCUCCUGCCUGGCCUGGCCGGGUCCUUCCUGCCCUCGGACCUGGAGCCGGGCUUGGACAGCCUCCUGCGAGGCAUUGCCAAGGCGGGUCUGUUCCCCAACCUCGUUCUGCUGGACCCAGCCAUGACUGCCCGGACCCUACGCUUGGCUCUGCCCCCCACCUGGACGUCCCAGCCUUCAACCCCAGUGACCUGGUGCCCGGCGCAAGGCCCCCCGCAGCCCCCAGCCUCCUGGUUCCCAGCCCUGUGGCAAUUCCUGGCCCACCACGUGGAAGACCUGGGCACUCUGGAGGGGCUCCCUCUCAUCCCCCUCUCCCCACUUGGUGCCCCCAGCAUCUCUCUGGCUCUGCUGAUACCCCAGUCCGGUCUUAUCUUCCAGGCAUGGGAUGACCAGAGCCUGCCGCCUGCUGUGGCCACUGUCCUGGAAGCCCUGGGAUGCCCAGUGGUGCGGCCAGGCACGUGGCACCGCUCCCUGUCCCGCUACGUCCUGCCUCCAUCGCCCCUCAAUGCCCUGCGGGCCCUGGGCAGGCGAGGGGCUGCUGCUGUGGCCUCCCGCCUGGCCUCGCUGCCCGCCCUGGACGUGGUCACUCUCCGGCUCUACCCUGGCAGACCUCCCGUCCCUGACAAAGGAGGACAGGGCCACCCCACGGAGCUGGUACCGGCCGGUGCCAACGCAGCGCUGGAGCCAGAGCUGGAGCUGCCCAGAGACGUGCUGCUGCCGGAGACCGUGCUGCAGUGCCGGGAUGACGUUGACCGGCAGCUCCUGGGAAGGCUUCAGACAUCCCUCGUCAGUGCAGCCCACGUGGCUCUGGAGGCCAUCAGAGCCGUGGCCCGGGGCACCUACGCAGGGCAGGCAGCCGAGACCCAGGCUCUGCUGCUGUGGACCCCCGCGCUCCAGCAGGCCUGCAGCAGGCUGGCCUUCCUGGAGACCCCCAACGGCCCCGUGUGCCCGCGAGACCUCUACGACCCCGGCGAGAGCACCUUGCAGGCACUGCUGGGCCCUGAGCGCUUCCCUCCUGCCGCCUUCCGCAGUCCGCCUGUCCUCCAUGCCUUGAGAGCCCUGGGCUUGCGGCGUGGGAGCUGCGGUCCACCCAACCCCCUGGUCGGGCGUGCCAUGCACCUGACCAGCGCCUUUGUGCCAGAGGCAGAGAAGCAGCUGGGGCUGAGCCAGACCCCACCGCCCGAGAGGGUGUGGGAGCAGCUGAGACAGCUGGUGGGGUGCAGGGACGUGGGUGAGGUCGGUCCCGCGCUCCACCCUGUCUACCGGCACAUGCAGGAAAACCUGAAGACCUUCGGGGCUGCCCCGGGUGAUGCUGUGGUGUGGACCGGAGCUGGGUUUGUCCUGCCACGUGACGCCGUGCUGGGCUAUCCUGAGGAGCUGGAGCUGGGGAUGCUGGUGCCCCAGGUGCCCCCAGACUUCUUGCCCUACAGCUGCCUCUUCAGGGCUUGGGGCGUGGAGGCGAGGGUGAGUGAGGAGAGGGCAGUGACAGCCCUGCGCUGCCUGGCGCAGGACAUAGACGCACGCAGCUCCAGAGCUGGCACUGCGGCAGAGUUGCAGGUGGCCGUAGCUGUCCUGGAGUGGCUGAAGAGCCGGGGGCACUGGGGAGAGGGCACGGUGCCAGUUCCUGUGAAGACCCUGGAGGGCUCGGGCUUUGCCCUCCGCCCGGCUGCCUCUACCGUAUACCUGGACAUGGAGCUGGAGGCAGAGGAGGAUGUUCAGGAGGUGGUGCAUGAGGCUGUGCCAUGCAGCACAGCCAUAUUCCUCGGCACGGAGCUGCUCAGCACACGGGUGCUGGGGCCAGAGCCGUUCACAGCCUGCGGCCCCUCAGAGCCCAUCACCUUACGGCUUCGCAACAUCCUCCGGGAGUACGGCGAGGAGGGCGACCUCUUCACAGAGAUCGUCCAGAACGCAGAGGAUGCUGGAGCUACUGUGUGCUGCUUCCUCCUGGACCUCCGACGCUGCAGAAAGGCCACCUCCGGGCUGCUAGACCCCGACAUGGCUGCCUGCCAUGGGCCAGCCCUCUGGGCCUACAACAAUGCCCUGUUCACAGAAGAUGACCUCCGUAACAUCACACGGGUUGGGGCUGCCACGAAGGAGGGCCGGGAAGGCCAGAUCGGGCGCUUUGGGCUGGGCUUCAGCUCUGUCUACCGGGUCACAGACGUGCCAGCGGUGCUGAGUGGAGAGACGCUGCUCAUCUUUGAUCCCAACGGCACCCAUCUGGGCAAGCACAUCCCCAGGGCUGGCUGCCCUGGCAUCCGCCUGGACUUCUCCAACCGACCACGCAUCCUCCGUGCCUUUGCUGAGCAGUUCUCGCCCUACCAUGGUAUCUUUGGGUGCCGCCUGCCUGAGCCAGGACCCUUUCCAGGGAGCCUUUUUCGCCUGCCUUUUCGCACUGAAGAGGAAGCCGUGACAUCCCAGAUUUGCUCAGAAGCCUUUGGUACAGAGCGCGUCCGUUCUCUUGGCGCCAGCUUCCUUGGCUCUAACCGGCUCCUGCUGCUCUUCCUGCAGAGGGUGAAGGAGAUGUCCCUGGAGAUGCUGACAGACACAGCCACCUCUGCGGAGGAGACCAUGCCUCUGGCCACGCUGCGGCGAAAGGAGAUCCGAGACUUGGGGGCCCCUGGGGAACCCCCAAGCUGCGCAGUCAUUGAGCAGCUCACAGCCUGCGAAGAGGCAGCCAAGACCACGUGGCACUACCUAGUGUUGGUGUGUCGGGGUGAGGGGGAAUUGCUGGAACUGUUUCACCGGAACACAGAGGCAGGGCUCCAUCCUCCACCUCCCAUGGCUGGUGUGGCCCUUCCCCUUGCCCUUACUGCAGAUGGCAAGUGGGUGCCGCGCCUGGGUGCCGAGGAGGGGAAAGUCUUCUGCCACCUUCCCAUGCCAAUCGCCUCAGGGCUGCCAAUCCACGUGCACGGGGCCUUCAGCAUCCUCUCAAACCGCAAGGGACUGUGGGACACGGCAGAGCGGGGUGAGUGGAACCGGGUGCUGCUCCGCAAUGCUGUGCCAGCUGCCUGGCUCCGGGCGCUGGACCACCUCCGCACCAUGCAGGAGACAGGUGAGUUGAAGGGCUAUGAAUAUCACGUCUUCUGGCCGGACACCAGCGCUGCCCGUUACCCCUUUACGGAGGCUGUGACUGGUUUCUACCAGGCUGUGGCAGCCAGGAGCAGCCCCAGGCUCUUUUCUGAUGGCUGCUCAUGGUGCUCACUGCAGAACGCCCGCUUCCUGCACCAGGCUGUGGUCGGACACCCCAAGUUGGGUGCCGUGGCGAAGCGUGUCUUUGCCACCACGCUGCCUCGUCCCCUGUUAGCUGUGGCCUUGCCAGAGCACGUGCAGAGGGGCCUCGGGAAGGCAGUGGAUGCUGGCACCUAUGACUGGCCACGCUUUUACUGCGAGCUGGUGCUUCCCAACUUGGAAGACCUCUCUGUUGUCGACCGGGACGCGCUGCUGCUCCAUGCGCUGGAUAUGUCCCAUGACGAUGUGGACAAAGUGCUGCAGACAGUGCCCUGCGUUCCUGCCACCCCUCAUGGCCACCUGCAGCUCAUCAAUCGCCUGGUGCAUCCCAGAGGCCGCACCGCCGCUUUGUAUGACCCUAAGGAUGGGCGCUUCCCCACGGGGGAUGCCUUCCUUUCCCCAGAAAGACUGAGCCAACUGGAGAGGCUGGGCAUGGUUAAGGACACAACGACCCUGCCAGAGCUGCUGGAGCGGGCGAAGACAGUGCAGCUUAUCUGGUCUGAGGACCGCACCCAGGGCUGCCGGAGGGCUGCCUGCAUCCUUGAGCUGCUUCGGGAUGCGGUGGAGGACAGGGUGAACAACACCAUGCAGGCAGCUUUCCAGGCUGUGCCCUUCCUCCCUGGUACACUUCCCACUGGCGAAAAUGUGCUGUUGCCAGCUGCCCAGCUCUACCAUCACCUCCACGCCCCACUAGUGGGACUCAUCCGCCCUGUCUUGGCUCCUAAAAUGCUGGGAGAAAACUUCAGCCUCCCCAAGGAGGUUGCGUCCUUCUUGGGGCUGGACCGGCAGCUACCAGCAGCUACAGUCCUUGAGCAGCUGCAGGCACUGAGCUGUAGCUCCAACGCUCUUGCUUUGGAGAACCUGCAGGACAGCACCCACCGCUGCUACAGGUACCUGCACAUGCUGCUCCAGAGGGAUCACUCCAGCUGGGAUGAGGUGGCUUCUGCAGUGGCCCAAGGGGAGCCCUUCAUCUUGGUGGGUUCCCACUUUGCGCCAGUCACGGCUGUGGCUGAGACGCUGUCAUUUGAGGCUGCCCCAUAUCUUCACCAGCUCCCAGAGCAGUACCAGCCCUACAGCCAGCUCUGGGAGUGUGUGGGGCUGCGCCACACGUUCACCUGGGAUGAUUAUGCCCGAGUGCUCUGCGUCCUGGCAGAGCUGCAUGCUGGAGAGCCGCUGCCUGCUGCGGAGCUGGCUCUGGCCUUGCGGCUGGGGGGCUGUGGCUUGAUGGCAGAUGACAAAAAGCCGGAUGCCUACCAGACCCAGCAACUCUUUCUACCUGAUCAGGAGGGCAUUCUGCGCCCACGGGACAAGCUCCACUUCAAUGAUACGCCAUGGAUGUCAGUGGACGGACGUGUCCUGCUGUGCCAUGAAGAGCUGUCCCGAGCCACAGCCUUGCACUGUGGGGUGCCCACCACACGGCACUGGGCACUGGAGAGGAGCCGACUGCUCACUGCAGAUCUGAGCCACUGGGUGCAGCCGUUUGGUGCCCGUGAAGACUUGCCUACACGGCUGAAGAACAUCUUGGGGGAGCACCCAGCAUCCGCUCGUGACAUAGUGACAGAGUUGCUCCAGAAUGCGGAUGAUGCUGGUGCGAGGCUUGUGCACUUCGUGUGGGACCGCCGGCAGCACCCCGCGGAUACCACUUUCAGUGAGCACUGGAACUUCCUGCAGGGCCCUGCCCUCUGCAUCUACAAUGACAGCUCCUUCCAGCAGCAGGACAUCGAAGGCAUUCAGCAACUGGGGGUGGGUGGCAAGCAAGGCCGGCAGGAUGUCACAGGCAGAUAUGGCCUUGGCUUCAACACUGUCUUCCACUUUACUGACUGCCCAGCCUUCCUGACUGGAGACAGUGCCCUGUGUGUUUUUGAUCCCCAUCUCUACUACGUGCCAGGAGCCACAACUGAGAGCCCUGGUGGGAUGUUCGCUGUCAACCCUGAAUUCAAGAGGACCUUUCCAGAUAUUUAUGGCACCUUCCUACCCUCCAUCUUCAACCUGAACCAGGGUGUCCUUUUCCGGCUGCCCCUCCGCACUCCAGUUGGGGCUACCAUCUCCAGGGUGUCUAACAUGGUUGUGCGGGACCAAGACCUCAGGGCCAUGGAGGAAGUACUGGCUGAGGAAGGUGAGAACUUGAUGCUCUUCCUCCGGCACCUUCGCACCGUGAUCUUCUCUGAGAUCCCCCCCAGUGGGCAGAAGGUGUUGGAGAGGCUGCGGGUGACCACAGAGCUGACAGAUGGUGAUGCAGUGCUGAGACAAAGUUUUCAAGAAAGAUUGAGCCAAGCCACGGACAGCAACAGCCCCACCUCUGUGUCCUAUAAUAUGACAGUCAAAACCAGCAAGGCCAGGGCGAGCACCGUGUGGCGGGUGAUCUCCCAAAUUGGGGUGCAGGAAGGGGCUGAGGAGUCUCCAGUGCCUGGGCGGCUGCCCUACGGGGCUGUGGCUGCCUGCCUGAAUCCACUGGGCUUGGACAAAGCCACGGGCAAAGCUUUCUGCACCCUCCCACUGCCGCUGACCACAGGACUGCCUGUGCACAUCAAUGCCAACUUCUCGGUGGAUGCGGCCAGACGCAGGCUCCGCCAGGACCCAGGCACCACAGAGGCAGCCUGGAAUGCCUUCUUGCUCCGGCACUUGAUGGCUCCGCUAUACUGUGCCUUUCUCACCAGGCAGUGGAAAGCCCUGGGGCCUGAAGGGCACCAGUUCAAGUCCCUGGAGGUCUGCGAGCAGCGCCUGGCCUCCCACCUCCUCCGGUUCUUUCCUUUUGUGACGAAGGUGCUGCCUACCUUUCAAGACCUGGUGAGGGUUGUCUAUAGGCACCUCAGUCACACACGCCUGGCCCUGGUGCCUGUGUACCGUGCGAAGCCCCAUGGCUGCAUGGUGACUGUGACCUGGGCAUCUCCAGGUGGUGGGGAUGUACUAACAGAGCCAUACUUCCUCCGCGAGACGCCUGAGCCAGCUCUCCUGGAGGUGCUGCAGCGGCUGAACAUGAACCUGGUGCCAGCAUUCGCCCAUCGGCGGCAGAUCUAUAAGGAGUUCGUUGAAGCCCAUGUGCAGGCUGUUGACUUGCAGCCGGCCUCUCUCCGGCGCUUUCUCAAGGAGGAACUGGAAGGCCUGCCCUUGCUGGCCACAGAAGAUGGCUGCCUGAAUGCCCUCAGCAUCCACCACCCAGUCUUCCACAACUCCUUUGCCCACCUCUUCCCCCGCCACCGCCACCGCUUCGCCAGCAAGCUAAUUUCUGGCUUGACCCUGCCUCGCUUUGUGAAGGAGCUUGGCCUCCUGGAGGCCACACCACUCAUCCAGGAGGCACUGGACCAGCUGAGCUGGACCACAGGGGGGCAGAAGUGGCUCAAGGAGCUGUGGCAGUUCUUCAGCGCAGUGGUCGACACACCCAUGGAGGCCAAAAAGAAGUUGGAGGCAAACAUCAAGUCAUUCAUGGCCCAUCUCCAGGAUGUGGAGGUGCUGCCUGUUCAAGGGGGUAAGACAGGCUCAAAGCACCUACUGCCACUCUCCUCCCUCCCCAGGGUUCUUUAUGAGUGUGACACAGAUGUGGCCAAGGUGCUGCACAAACUGGGCAUCCCUGUGCUCCAGCAGUCCCUGCUGCCUUCUAGAUUUGCCUACCAGUGCCUGAAGACCAGGGCGCUGCAGGCCACAGAGCCCAGGGCUGUGCUGGCCCAGCUGGCAGACACCAGAGCUGAUCUCCACUGGAAGGACUUAAAAGAGUGGGAUGUGACUGUCCUGCUGUACUUUGUGCAGGGAAAACUGGAUUCAUCGGCACUGGCACAGCUCCGGCUCCUGCCUCUCUUCCGGAAGUACGGUGGGAGGGACUAUGUCUCUGUGGCACCCUACCACAAGGUGCUGUUGCUCAGAAGCCAGUUCCUAGAACUGCCCCCGGGUGCCCAAGCCCUGUACAGCCUGGAGAAGGGCAUGUUGCUGCUGACAGCAGACAGGAUCCACCAGGAGCUGGCCAAGGAUUUGCAGUGGGAGCUCACAGAUGACCGGCAGCUCUUCAGGAAUGUGGUGCUGCCCCGGCUGUCCCAGCUCACAGCGCGAGAGCUCAUGGAAGCUGUGCGCUUGUUCUUUGCCCUGCAACAGAUCCGUGAUGCUGAGUUCAAGGCAGAUGUUGUGGCAGCUUUUCGGACUGUAGCCUUUAUAAGCGAUGCCCACGGUGAGCUGCGCCUGGCCUCCUACUUCUAUGACAACACGCCCUCCUUCUGCACUCUGCAGCUCCAACACCGCUUUGUGCCUGAGGCUUUCUUUGUGGAGCUAGAUUACAGCAGGGAAGAUGUGAAGGACUUCCUGCUUCAGGCAGGUGUCCGCACCAGCCUCUCUGUGGAGGAUUUUGUGGCACUGGCCCUGGGGAUAGAGGACGAAGCCACUCAGGCUAGAUGCCACACUGAAGACCUGCUGGCGCGACAGCAGGAGAUGCUCAACAAGCUUGGCACCCUGUCGGACAAUCCCUUGACAGAGGGUUUCCUGGGGCAAAUUGCCUCAAUCCACUUCUUGCCUCCACUGGACAUCCCCACAAGCUUGAGGAACCUCCACCCACCUUUUGCAGCCUUCACUAAGCCUGUGGCCCUGAAAGGCAGCGUUUCUCACUGCCACGAAGAUGUGGCUGAGCUCCUGUGGACAUCAGCCACCAUCCUGCCAAAGUCCUUAGCACUCGAGCAGAACCUCCUGGAGGCCAUGGGAGUCCUUGUAGAGAUACCCACCACCCUGGUGGUGGCCAACCUGGAGCAGGUGUGCAGGGCAGCCUGCCAGACACCACAGCAGGUGAGCACACGGGCCAAAGUGCUCCAGAAGGUGUACAGCUUCUUGCAGACCCAUCUGGAGGAGGUGGACGCAGGGCACCUCGCUGAGCAGCCUGUGGUGCUGACCAAGUCAGGGGACAUGGCCAUGCCACGACAAGUGGUGACAUCACUCCCGGACGAGGCUGACUUUUACCCCUAUCUCCUCACACCUGACCCCCGCGUGGCUGUCUAUGGAGACCUCCUGCAACACCUUGGGGUGGUCCUGCUCCCCACACUGACUCACUACAGCUGUGUCCUGGCCCAAAUCCACCAGGAGAGCCAUGUCAGUGGGACCCUCAAUACUACCCAGAAGAAGACAGUCCUGCUGGCCACACGGCACUUCUUCCAGCUGCUGCGGGAGCCACAGCAGCCCCCCGAUUUCUCCUCUGUGGCUGAGCUGUACCUGCUGAGCACUGCUGACUGCCUAGAGCCAUCCCACACGAUGUACUUCAACGACUGUGUGUCCUCAAGAACCUGCAGAGCCUUGGGGAAGAGCUUUGUGUUUAUGGCUGAACUGCCAGGGACUGGGUGUAAUGCUUGGUGGCUGCUGCAAAUGCUACCACAGCGCCUGCGGCCGAGGGCACUCUCCGAGGUGACAGAGCAGCAGCUGGAGGAGGGCAGUCUGCGGCCAUGUCGCUAUGGUUCUCGCUGCCCUGGGCAGAGGCGUCUGCAGAACCUCCUGGUAUCACCAUGGUUUAGGAUGGGGCUGGAGGCCCUGCUCCGGUGGCAGAGCUGCAGGGCUACGAUGAGAAUGGAGGGGGAUGGCAGCUUUGCAGUGGAGCAGCUGAAAGUUCAGUGCUGCGAGGACAUCCGCACUGUGCUGGUCCACCGUGGUGCAAAGGUGGCGGGCAGCUCCCAGCCACGGGUCAUCCAUGUGUGCCUUGCUAGUGGUGCCCAGCGGCUCCUUUACGUUCGGCACGCAGAUAUGGUGCUGGACCGGCACCAGCUGAGGAUCCUGGAGACCCUCGCGAAUGAGAUCAACAUCAUCCUGGGUGGACAUCUGGAGGCACCUGCCUUGUCAGUGCUGCGUGAAAUGCUGGUCUGCCAGGAGCCACACGAUGUGGCCGUUGUUCUGGAGGAGAAUGAUGUGGCACUGGUGGGUGCUGCACCAGUGCUGGAGGAGGUCAUGGCACCAGAGCUGGAUCCAGAGCUGGAGGAGGCUGUGGCAGAGGGAAAGCCCUGGAAGGAUCAGCACAGCCUGGCGCCAGAAGUGAAUGGCAAUGUGGAUCACAGCCUGGAAAAACUGCGGCAGCCGAGUGCUGCCAAGUGGCCAAAGGCGUUGCGGGACCUCUACCUCCAGUACAGCCCUGCGAGUGCUGCCCUGCACCGCUGCUGGGGACAGGAAGGCCAUGGCUCCUGGCUCUGCAGUGAGGCGGCCACAGCCCCGACUCCAUUCGUCCCGGAGGCCCAGCGGUGGCUGCGGCAGGCCAAGAGUGACCUGCAGGCAGCCCACAAUGACAUCAGGCAUUGCUGCCCCAACUGGGUCCUCUUCAAGGUGCACCAGGCCCUGGAGAAGGCGCUGGUGGCUGCUGUACUUUGCCAUGGUGAGACCUUUGAGGGCCAGCUGGGCCUGGUGGGGCUGGCCCAAUGGCUGGAAGCGGUGGAGCCAAAGCUGAGGGGCCUGGCAGAGGAGGUGGAGUGGUUGCAUGGCUGUGGCAUGGAUGACAAGGCCACACAGUACCCGAGUUACCAUCCCCUCCCCAUCACCCCCAACGAAGCCUUCCACAGCGUGGAUGAAGAGGAGGUGCUGAAGCGGGUGCAAGGAGCGGUGGGGAGGCUGCAGGACCACGUGGGCGGAAUGAUGUGCCAGCUCAUGCUGGAGGCUGCGGAGGUGACUGCCAGCAGCAUGGGAGUGGAGAUGAAGGUGGAUGGGGAUGGUGAGAUGGAGCUGGAGACAGAACUGGAGACAGACCCACCAGCAGCAGGACAGGCAGAGCAGUCCGUAGCAGAGGUGACAGGGGCUCAGAGUAAGCUGAGUGCUGAAAUAGCUGAUCUACGGCUUGCAACAGCAAACAUGAGCAGCAUCAACAAAGCUCUUGCAUUGGAUAAGGUGCAACUGAACAAACUCCUGCUGCAGCUGGAGCACGAGAAUGAAGUUCUGUUAGGUAAAGUGACCGAGAUGGAGAGAGCAAGGAUGUCUGACCAGGAGAAGCUGAACUUGUGUAACAGAACCAAUGCAGAGCUCUGCGCAGAGAAAGCCCACCUGGAGCGGCUGCUGAAGAAAGCAGAGGAGCAACAGGACAUCACUGUCUACGACUGA